CUUUAAGUGCUCGCCCCUUGCGCUCGCAUAUCAUUCUGGCUGUCUACGGCACAACGUGAACACGUCUCGACUUCUCUCUCGAUAAAGAAAAAAUUUUCAAAAUGGAAUUCGUUGGCAAGAAAUACAAAAUGGUCUCCUCUGAGAACUUCGAUGAGUUCAUGAAGACUAUUGGCGUUGGUCUCAUCACCCGCAAGGCCGCUAAUGCGGUAACGCCGACUGUGGAGCUGCGUCAGGACGGGGACAACUUUGUCCUAGUGACGUCAUCCACCUUCAAGACCACGGAGAUGAAGUUCAAGCCCGGUGAGGAAUUUGACGAGGAGCGCGCUGAUGGUGCCAAGGUGAAGUCCGUUUGCACCUUCGAAGGGAACACCUUGAAGCAGGUUCAGAAAGCCGCUGACGGGCUGGAGGUCACCUACGUCAGGGAAUUCGGCCCCGAAGAGAUGAAGGCUGUUAUGACAGCUAAGGAUGUAACUUGCACAAGAGUGUACAAGGUACAAUAAACUUGUGAAGGCUGCUGGGCUGAGCCCGCACUCUAUCCUAUAUUAUUUUAUAUGUACCCUUUAGCACAACUAUCUUAUAUAAUUAGGUUAUUGAAUGUUGGCAACACCAUGAAGUCGGUGUACGAAGCUCUCGUACUUUUACCAAAGUUAGUGAUAAUGUUGGAAACAUACAGCUGUAUAAGUUUUUCAGUGCAUAUUUAAAUAAAGUUUUUUCCUACCUA